UUUUCGUAGCCCCGGCACCAAUCUACAUAGCUCUAUUCCCCAUAUCUCUCCCUUGCUUGCAAGCCAUAGCCACCCCGGCCGAGAAAAGAUCAAGCUCUUUUGGCUCUUCUUUCCUUUCCUUUUCUCCUCCUAAGCUUUUUCGUGUGGUGCCGGAGCUGGAGAUGGACAUGAACAGCGGCUGGCUUGGCUUCUCCUUGUCUUCCUCGUCCGCCGCGAGGGGCUACGGCGAAGGCGGCGGCGAUGGGGGAGGUGACGGCGGCUCCUGCUCGUCUCCUGCCGCGGCGGCGGGGGCGCCCUCUUCGCCCAUCGUCGGCGUUCCGUUGCACUCUGCUGGCGGCGCCUCUGUGCAGUACGACGGCCCAGAUUGGAGGCAUCAGCACGCAGAAGCCAAAGGCCCCAAGCUGGAGGACUUCAUGAGCGUCGGCUACGGCAACGGCAACGACAGGAGCAGCGGCAUCUACGACGCCGGCCACGCCGACCAGCUCAAGUACCACCACCAUCAGGACGUCCACGCCUACCCAGCCUCGCCCUACUUCCAGGGCAAUGGCGGCGGGGGCGCCGUCAUCGGGCUUGACAUCAACAACGCCCCGCCGCCGCCACACUGCACCGGCGUCCCGGACCACCACUUCAUGCCUGCGCACCACGGCCAGUACUCGCUGUGCACGCCGAACCAGUCUGGCGCGGGCGCGAUGGCGGCGGCGCCAAUGUACAGCUCCGCCGCGGGAUUCGACGGCAACACCAACAUGUCCAUCUCUGGCAUCAAGUCCUGGCUCCGGCAGUCGAUGUACGUCCCGGAGCGGUCGCCGGCGGUGCCUCCCUCCGUGCACGCCGCCCCGAACGAGCCGCCGCUGCCGGCGCCGUCGGUCCCCGCCCCUCGCAAGCUCGCGCAGACCUUCGGGCAGAGGACGUCGCAGUUCCGUGGCGUCACCAGGCACAGGUGGACGGGGAGGUACGAGGCUCACCUGUGGGACAACACUUGCAGGAAGGAAGGCCAGACCAGGAAAGGAAGGCAAGUUUACCUAGGUGGGUAUGACAAGGAGGAGAAGGCCGCGAGGGCUUACGAUCUGGCUGCGCUCAAGUACUGGGGUCCAACGACCCACAUAAAUUUCCCGUUAAGCACCUACGAGAAGGAGCUGGAGGAGAUGAAGCACAUGACAAGGCAGGAGUUCAUUGCGCACUUACGAAGGAACAGCAGUGGCUUCUCGAGGGGAGCAUCCAUGUACAGAGGAGUGACCAGGCAUCACCAGCACGGCAGAUGGCAGGCCAGGAUUGGGAGGGUGGCAGGGAACAAGGACCUGUACCUUGGCACCUUCAGCACGCAGGAGGAGGCGGCGGAGGCGUACGACAUCGCGGCGAUCAAGUUCCGCGGGCUGAGCGCCGUCACCAACUUCGACAUCAGCAAGUACGACGUGAAGCGCAUCUGCGCCAGCUCACACCUCAUCGGCGGGGACCUCGCCUGCAGGCGCUCCCCGACGCGCGACGCGCCGGCGCUGCCCAGCGGCGUGAGCGUCGCCGUCGAGCGCCCCGAGGCCGGCGCGUCCGACAACAGCUCCGACGCCUCGGACGGCCACCGCGGCGCGCACCUGCUGCACGGCCUCCAGUACGCGCACGCCAUGAAGUACGAGGCCGGCGAGGGCAGCAACGGCGGCGGCGGCUGGACGCGCCCGGUCGCCGGCGUCCCCGGCGUGCACCCGCACCCGCACCCGCUCCCGGUGUUCGCGCUCUGGAACGAGUGAGUGAGUGAGUGAGUGAGUGAGUCACUAGCGUAGGACGCGACGGAGGGACGUAGUAGUGGGUAGGUAGCUUGCUAGGGCAACAUGCCCCGCAUGUACGGCGGUGCAUGAGGACCGACGGACCGAUGAUAAAGCUUGCGGGGGGAGGCGGCGUUGUGAUCGGCCGACCCCUUCGAUGCAUGUCGUUGCAUGGUUGGCGCCUUAACUUGUCUGGGAGGUGCCGACAAUUUUGCCGCAAUGUGAGACUCUUCGACAUGCAUGCUAUGCUAUGCCGUGCUAUGCCACGACGUACUGAACCUUUGCCACUUAUGCCAUGUACUGGAUCUGGGAGGGGCGCCGAAAGUUAGAGAGAAUAAUUGUUUUCCUUGAUAGAAUAUGUUACACAAUACAAAGGGAUAUAUACAACCCUGAGGGACCACGAUCGCCCUA